AUGAACAACCCAAUGAUGACAUCUGGAAUGGAGGUCUAUCAAACUGCCUGUGCGGCCAAUGGGUACCUCAGGGAUGGCCAUUCCAUGUUGAAGGUCACCUCCAUCAUCCGCACCUACGACAGCCUGUCGUUGGUCACCCCCGCUCUUGCCAGCCCGUCUGACCUGGACAUUCUGUGCAACUUUAUCCGCGAAAGCCUCCCAACGGGCACCCUGUUCGAGGUUGCGCUCCCUUUGUCAACGUCUUUUAUAAAGAUCCUCGACGUUCCCUACUUUGACCCCAAAGGGCUGAAGAUCACCCAGGAGGUGCUUGAAAAGGCCCUCCGUACCUCAGUUCAUGCUGAGGUCUUUGCAUAUCUGAGCACCAAGCCUCGGAUAGAUCACAACUCAGCGCACUCGACAUCGUGCACCGUCUACUGCAAUCUCUGGGACUCCCAACAGGGGACCCACGCCAAGAAGGCCCUUGGCCAACCAAUAUUCCUCGCUGGGUGGUCCUGUGCAAUCAGGCCUGCCAUGCGACACACCGGGGUCCCACUCUGCCAGCGCUGCUGGAAGUGGGGCCAUCCCACCGUCGCCUGCAAGGUGAAACAACUAUCUUGCCCUAUCUGCUCGGGUCCACAUGAGCAGAAGGAGCACCGUCAACAUGCAGGAUGUUGCAAGGGGAACACGACAGUGAAGCCCGCUGUGCCACCCACCCCUCGCAACCAGCCCUGCCCCCAUAAGGGCCGAUGCGUCAACUGCCACAAGGACCACACCGCCAACUCGGCUUUGUGCAAGUUCUGGGCCCAUUGCUAUGACCAUGAGUGGAUCAUGGCCGAGUAUUGUCAGACUAAUGUUGGGAAACCAGCAGGAUCUAAAUAG